UCCCAUUAAAUGUUCGGUUCUUAAUAGUGAAGUGCUUCACACUUCUCACUAAUAUAUACAUACGCGCACACACACAAACACAUUACACGUAUUUGCUGAGAGUAAGAGCAGAGGAGAGAGAGAGAGAGAGAAACUGAGAGCCAUGGAGGUUGAGAAGGCAGAGAAGAACAUUACAGGGGAAGAUGAUGAUGAUGACUCUAAGCUCAUCUACAGAGGAUGGAAAGUCAUGCCCUUCAUCAUUGGAAAUGAGACAUUUGAGAAACUUGGAAUAGUUGGGAGCUCAUCGAAUCUCGUCAUCUACUUGACAACAGUUUUCAACAUGAAGAGCAUCACAGCGGCGACCGUCGUCAAUAUCUACGGUGGUACAAGCAACUUCGGCACCAUAGUCGCCGCUUUCCUCUGUGACUCUUACUUUGGCCGUUACAAAACCCUAUCCUUCGCCAUGAUCGCUUGCUUCCUCGGUUCGGUGGCGAUGGAUCUAACGGCUGUGAUUAACCAGCUGCAUCCAGCUAAAUGCGGUAAGGAGAUAGGAAGCGUGUGCAAGGGGCCAUCUAUCGGACAGAUUAUGUUUCUCGCCGGAGCAAUGGUUUUGCUGGUGAUCGGAGCCGGUGGGAUCAGGCCUUGUAAUCUUCCUUUUGGUGCUGAUCAGUUCAACCCUAAGACGAAAGAAGGCAAACGAGGGGUUGAUAGUUUCUUUAAUUGGUAUUUCUUCACCUUCACGUUUGCUCAGAUGGUGUCGUUAACGCUCAUCGUCUAUGUUCAGUCAAACGUGAGUUGGAGCAUUGGUUUAGCCAUCCCAGCUAUUCUAAUGCUACUUGGUUGUAUCAUCUUCUUUGCUGGCUCUAAGCUCUAUGUCAAGGUUAAAGCCAGUGGCAGUCCCAUUCAUAGCAUCACACGAGUCAUCGUUGUCGCGGUCAAGAAAAGAAGACUAAAGCUCAUUGGUUCGUCUUCUGAGGGGCUUUACAACUACAUAGCGAAAGACUUCAAGAACUCAAAGUUGAGCCAUACAAAUCAGUUUAGGUUUCUUGACAAAGCGGCAAUCCAAACACCAGACGAUAAACUGAACAUAGAUGGAUCUCCGGCAGAUAUAUGGAAGCUAUGUAGUGUGCAGCAAGUGGAGGAAGUGAAAUGCGUGAUCCGGGUGCUACCAGUUUGGCUCUCCGCCGCCUUAUUCUACCUAGCUUACAUUCAACAAACAACCUACACAAUCUUUCAGUCUCUUCAAUCCGAUAGACGCCUCGGUUCAGGAAGCUUCCAGAUACCAGCCGGGUCUUACAUGGUCUUCUUGAUGCUUGGAAUGACGAUAUUCAUACCUAUCUACGACCGCGUCCUUGUACCUUUCCUUAGGAAGUAUACAGGCAGGGACGGCGGUAUCACACAGCUCCAGAGAGUUGGAGCAGGAUUGUCUCUAUGCAUCACAAGUAUGUUGGUCUCCGCAGCUGUAGAGCAACACAGAAGAACGGUAGCUCUCACAAGACCGACGCUAGGCGUUGCACCGAGAAAAGGCGCAAUCUCUUCGAUGUCCGGUAUGUGGCUGAUACCUCAGCUAGUGCUAAUGGGUAUAGGAGACGCCUUAGCUGGAGUUGGCCAAAUGGAGUUUUACUACAAACAGUUUCCAGAGAACAUGAGAAGUUUUGCUGGCUCUUUGUACUACUGCGGAAUUGGACUGGCGAGUUACCUCAGCAGCUUCCUGUUAUCCGCAGUGCACAACAUCACGGAGGGAUCAUCGGCCGGGAACUGGCUCCCGGAGGAUCUAAACAAGGGGAGGCUGGAGUAUUUCUACUACUUUGUAGCUGGUAUGAUGACUCUAAACUUCGCCUAUUUCUUGUUAGUCUCACAUUGGUACCGUUACAAAGAUGUUGUGGCCAAGGAGAAUGACAUGGACAAGUCAUCUAAUGAGGUUGAUAAGGUUUCAGUGUAAGAAAGAUCUUGUACUUACGCCUCUUUGGGUUUAGGAUUUAAUAAAGAUGCAACAUUAAAACAAAACAUUACAUACAAAUACAACCCAAAAUGAUUAUAUAUAAGGACCAUAGCUUCUGUAAAGUCCUCAUCUCUCAAAGAACAAGCAGGGAAAAAAAAACAAA